AAGUGAUGCCAGUGAGAAGGAAAGAAGAUGGGCGUGGGGAGGAAAUCAUAACAGGCAAAAAGAGAGCACGUCAGGCAGGAGGUAUAGAAGAGCAAGUAAGAGAAGGGAAAUAUAAUGAAAGAAACGUAGGAGACGGCAGCAGUUGUUUGUGGGACUUACUAGAACUUACAGGGGGAGGACCACAGCAGUAUGAAGAAGGGGAGGGCUCUGUUUUGAGGCGCUGAGAGGCAGCGCACUCGGGACAGUGUGACAGAAGAGAAGAAGAGCGGAUUGAGUGUGCUGCUUAGGAAACUUAAUGGUACUGACACGCCAGUCUUCAGAACAUUCGCUCAACUCUCCUCAGGUUCCUGCGCAAUAAGCGCCCCCCGCCCCGCACUUACAUUUGCCAGGCUUCCCUAAGGAUGAGCCAGUGCCCCGGACUCCUGUCAGCCCAAGCUGAGUGCGCGUCGUGCCCGGGCUAUCUGCUAAACUCAAACUUCGCCUCACAGCCUUAAGCUCAGUGUCCUGUCAAGCGCCCGCCGGACCUUCUCAGUCAACCCCGUUACCUCAGAGCCCUCUCCUUGUAAUGAGCUGAAGACGCUUUGCCACCCCCCGUCCCUCGGGAUAAUGGCAGUGGGGACACAGCCUCAGGCAGACAAUGGGCGGGUGCCCUCGCUGUCCUUGGCACCAAUAUCAGGGCAGGAGAGCGGCAUGGAGUUUGUGGCCCUCACGGCUGUGCAGACGGACAGUGGGAACCCUCGACGUCUGGGUCUUUUGGGGACCCCAAUUCCAGGAGCCCCGCGGAGCUCGUCCUCUCACAAGAAGUACAGGCGGCUCCAGAACUAUCUGUAUAACGUACUGGAAAGACCCCGAGGGUGGGCCUUUAUAUACCAUGCCUUCAUAUUCUUUUUGGUGUUCAGCUGUCUGGUGCUGUCAGUAUUCUCCACUAUCCCUGAGUAUCAUCACUUAGCAAACAAAGGCCUCUUCAUACUGGAAUUCGUAAUGAUUGUGGUGUUUGGGAUGGAGUAUGUUAUUCGCAUCUGGUCGGCAGGGUGUUGUUGCCGUUACCGAGGUUGGAAGGGACGUCUGAGAUUCGCCAGAAAGCCUUUUUGUGUGAUUGAUUUUAUUGUUCUGGUGGCUUCACUGGCUGUUAUUGCAGCUGGGACUCAGGGUAACAUUUUUGCCACAUCUGCUCUGCGUAGCAUGCGGUUUCUUCAGAUCCUGCGUAUGGUACGCAUGGAUCGGCGAGGAGGCACAUGGAAACUACUGGGUUCUGUAGUGUAUGCGCACAGUAAGGAACUGAUCACUGCUUGGUACAUUGGAUUCCUGGUGCUUAUAUUUGCUUCCUUUCUGGUAUACCUGGCAGAAAAGGAUGCUAAUAAAGAGUUUUCCACAUAUGCAGACUCUCUCUGGUGGGGCACGAUUACAUUGACAACUAUUGGAUAUGGUGAUAAGACCCCUCACACAUGGCUUGGGCGGGUGCUGGCAGCUGGAUUUGCACUUCUGGGUAUCUCUUUCUUUGCCCUGCCUGCGGGAAUUUUAGGUUCUGGGUUUGCCCUUAAAGUCCAAGAACAACAUCGACAGAAGCAUUUUGAGAAGCGACGGACACCAGCAGCUAAUCUUAUUCAGGCUGCCUGGCGUUUGUACUCCACCGAUGUAAGCCGUUCCUACCUCACAGCUACAUGGUAUUACUAUGACAGCAUCCUACCUUCCUUCAGAGAGCUGCUCCUUUUGUUUGAUACCUGGCAUCGAACCUGCAGCCGAAAUGGAGGGGUUAGGCUCUGUCAGGGGUCUCCUCGCUAUCAGCCAGUCCCCUCCACCCCGAAACCUGCAACACCCCCUUUCUGUACUGGGGAAAGUAGUAAAUUGGGCUUGAAAGACCGGAUGCGAGGCACAGUUGCACCAAAACAGACCACACGAAGCAAGCAGUACCUGGCCCCACCAGAGCGGGCUUCACCCGGUACAGAGCCUGCAGCAGAGACUCCCAGCCCUACAAAAGUGCAAAAAAGUUGGAGCUUUAAUGACCGCACAAGAUUCCGUGCAUCACUAAGACUAAAAUCAAGGCCACAGGCUGAUGAGGGUCCUGGAGACGACAUUAAUGAUGAAAAGAGACUUCCAAAUGAUUUGACCAUGGAGGAUGUGAUGCCAACUAUAAAAACCCUGAUUCGAGCCUUUAGAAUCCUUAAAUUCCUUGUGGCAAAGAGGAAGUUUAAGGAGACUCUACGGCCAUAUGAUGUGAAGGAUGUAAUUGAGCAGUAUUCAGCUGGACAUUUGGAUAUGCUUGGGCGCAUUAAGAGCCUGCAGGGCAGGGUGGAUCAGAUCAUUGGCCGGGGGCCUGUGCCGGUAGAGAAAAAACCUAGAGAUAAAGGAGAGAAGGUUUCCACCAUGGGUCCUGAAGUUGAAGCUGCUGAUGAGCUAAGCAUGAUGGGAAGGGUAGUAAAGGUUGAGAGACAGGUCCAGAGCAUUGAAGAUAAACUUGAUAUACUUCUAGGUUUCUACUCUCAGUGUAUCCGGAAAGGUCCAGCAAGCUCUUUUACAUUGACCUCUAUGCAAAUGCCAUUGAUUGACCAAGAAAUGACAUCUGAUUACCAGAGCCCUGUGGAUCCAGUGGACUUUUCAGUGUCAGCCCAGACACUUAAUAUAUCUCAUUCUGCCAGCACCAACAUGGAGUGAGAAAGAUGGAGCAAUAGGGUAAGUUGUGACCAUAUUACCAGCUCCUUUUGAAAAGAAAAAGAAGGUGGGUGUGCCUUUACUCGAGGAGCAACAGGAUGAGAGAUCUUCUGUAGAGACUAAGUGAUCCCUUCGACUGUCUUGCUUCUGCUGCUCCCACCAAAUGUAGAAAGGCUAAAGAACUUAUGCAGUUGAAAAAGCAAGUCCACUGGAAACAGAACUUUGGUCUUUUGAGCCACAGAGAGAUUAGAAGUACUGUUCAAAGAAGCCAUAUUUACUCUCCUGUAAAGUGGAGAGGCUUGACUCCUUUGGCCCUUUUUUCACCAUGACUUUUAUAGGAUGUUUUCCAUCAGGAUCCAGUGUCCCAAAACAUAGUUUUUUCCCUGCAGCUGUGAAGAACAAAUAAUAGACUGCAACUUAAAAAUGUUGUUUCCUCCAUGUCUUGCUACCUUGACGGAUGUCACACCUAGUCUCUAGAAAGUGCCUCAAAAACUUAAAUAUAUAAAUGCUGCUCCCAUACAGCCUUCAUCUCCUGGCAUGGGCAGCAGGAGGUUUAGUUCACUUAAAAUAUGCCACUUUUCAAGCAUGCUAGACAGGGACUUUUGCAUUAAUCCCACCAACACUAUGCAUUUCUACUUUUAGCUGUGCUUGCUAUCUAAUCACUCAUAUCAUCACGUCUGACCAUCAGCAUAAACAUACCUUCAACAAUAUGACUUCCUAUAAAUUAAGCACAAUGCUACACAUGUUCUUUGUUCUUAAGGUACUGCAGAUAUAUAAGGUCUACAUUCUGAUGAUCUUCCUCUGCUUUUGAUACCAAUAUGUUUUGUUGUUUGAUUUUAUUUUUCUUCUGGUUGGAAGAGAACAUUAAAUGCUAGUGCUGUAGAGGAUGGCAGUAUAGGGUGAAUGUAGUACUGUUUUUCACCCUGCAGCAGCAUUCAUAAAGCCACUAUUUAGAACGAAAAGUAUACCCUCUGUAACAGCUAUCUCCAAAAAUUGACCCUUGGUGUCAGAUCAGUAAGAAGUCUUACAGAGGGCCAUUACUGUGUACAGAUAAUGGUCUUCAUUGCUUUAUGGAAAGUCAGAAAAAGCUGGAAAACACAUACAUAGUCUUAAACCGUUUUAAUUUCUAAACAAUCUGCCUGAUAGCUUCAGUCUAGGGAGUUUAGAAAUGCUUUCUUUUUAACCUUUACAACAGAAUUGGUAAUGCCUUUGACAUUAAGGUAACAUAGGUACUUAUAUAAGGACACAGUCCUAUUAAUAUAGGUAAGAAAGGUGAACAGAUCUUUUUUUAAAGAUAUUUGGUUAAACCUUGUUAAAGCAUUACUACAAAGAAUCUUGUGCACAAAUCUUUAGUUACGCAGCUAUCAGCUCUAACAUUCCCCUGCCUCUCAUUUGCUGUAAAGGGUCAGCUUGGUUAGCACCCCCUAGGUGCUGGUAUCUUGGUAGUAGUACCCUGCACGCUCCCAAUGAAUGCUAUGCAUGCUCUAGCAUGAAGCUAGGAUCUGCAUCCGGUAUAGGGGCUCCCCCCCAUGCACACUCACACUCAGAUGUUUACCUGCUCCUUCUCUGAUAGCAGAGAAUUUUGGAGCAAUUUUCUGGGGGGGGACAUUUGUAGUUAGAUGAGGUUAGUUAAAUGCUACUGAAACUUGACUUGGGAAUAGAAAUGUUUGCAAUAGAACAGUUCUGUACCUCACUUGAUUAAUUUAUUGACCUACUGGUUUCAUUAAAGUUUUACUUAGAAAAGUU